CGUUGUGUGUUCAUAUUCACGUACCUGUAUGAAUGGGAUAUCUUCCAGUCAUGAGGGUACUUCGUGUUGGCGUACACAAUGGCUGCACAUAAUAGUUGUCCAGUAUGACUCCUUCGGCCGCCAGUGUGUUGAUAUUUGGGGUUUGAAUUUUAGAUCCUUGAAAACCUAAGUCACUCCAACCUAGAUCAUCGAUGACAACCAGGACUAUAUGCGGAGAUUUCAAGCUGCUAACUAAAUGAAGAACAGCCAAGAAAAAAUAAACGGAGAAAACGGCCGGAGACAUCGUUAGAAUUUCAGUAGUCAGCCUUUGCAUAUCGUGUUGGUCGUUAUUGAUGAUUUUGGUUGGAGCGAUGUAGGAUUUCACGGUUCCAAAAUUCACACCCCAAACAUGGACAAGCUUGCAGCCGAAGGAGUCAUCUUGGACAAUUAUUACGUGCAACCGAUUUGUUCUCCCACAAGAAGUGCUCUCCUCUCCGGCAGAUAUCCCAUCCACACAGGUUUACAGCAUGGAGUGAUACGGCCAGCAGAGCCAUAUGGACUACCACUGAACUUAACAACCCUACCAGAGAUGCUCAAGAAAGCUGGCUAUGAAACACAUAUUGUUGGAAAGUGGCAUCUUGGUUUUUAUGAAUGGCCUUAUACACCAACGUACCGUGGAUUCGAUUCAUUUUAUGGUUUUUAUACAGGGUCUGAAGACCAUUUUAAUCAUGAAAAGUAUGGUAUUCUAGAUCUGCAUGACAACAAGGAGCCAGUAAAAGAUAAAGGGGGAUUGUAUUCAGCUAGGCUGUUUGCUAAGCAAGCACAGAAAGUUAUCCUAUCUCAUAAUGCCUCAUCGCCGAUGUUUUUAUACCUGCCUUUUCAAAAUGUACAUGGACCAACCCAAGCUCCCCAAGAGUACGUGGACAAGUACCAAUUCAUUGAUCAGAAGACAAGACGAGAGUAUGCUGCAAUGGUUGACAUAGUUGAUGAAGCAAUUGGGAAUGUAACACAAACUUUGGAGCAAUCAGGUUUGUGGAAUGACACAUUACUGAUUGUUACCACUGAUAAUGGUGGUAUUCCUCCUGCUGGUGGAUAUAACUGGCCCCUCCGUGGUCACAAAGGAAGCCUUUGGGAGGGAGGGCUCAGAGGGGUGGGCUUUGUUCAUGGAAAAAUGCUGAAAAAGACUGGUGUCAAGUGUGCUGAACUCCUCCAUGUAACAGACUGGUACCCAACUCUCCUUUACUUGGCAGGAUUAACAGAGGGAGAUUCCACUGUGCCUCCACUGGAUGGUUUCAAUAUAUGGCAAACAAUAUCAGAAGGUGCCCCUUCACCUAGAACUGAGAUUCUGCACAACAUUGACUUAGCACCAAGCAACAACAACUUGAGGGAUAUUGAUGGUGGUUAUGAUGGAAUUGCGAUUCGGGUGAAUGACAUGAAGCUGUUGAUGAGUGUGCCUAAUCUCACAUGGUAUAAGCCUCCAGAAUUAUCUCCAGGGUACCAACAGAUUGAUCAGAAUUUGAGUGAACCCUCCAUGAUAAAGGUUGCACUGUACAACAUCACUGCUGACCCAACUGAGCACAUUGAUCUCAGCAAGGAGCUUCCUAAUGAGGUUGAGAAACUGCAGGAAAGAGUUCAGUAUUAUAUGAAAGGGGUUGUCCCUUCUCUGAAGAAACCAGCUGAUGAAAUGGCAACAAAAGUAGCCAAGGAGGAAGGCUACUGGGGCCCGUGGAGAACCUAAAUCAUCUCUUUUUAAGUUUGGAAUAUUGUUUAUCUUACUUGAGAGCUUGUCAGUAAUAAAAUGCUUCACAAUGCACAGUGUGAGUUCCUACUUCCUCAGCUCAAAAAAAUUGCUUGUUACUGAAGGUUUUGAAGUGCUUUUCCACUGCUUGAAGUACUAAUUACAUUUAAUUACAUAUUGUCCAAAUGAAAGGAGACCUUUCCCUGAGUACCCUGACACCAAUUGAUGUCCAUUCACGUUGGCUGAUCCACAGUUCUUGGGCAGAGUCUAAGAUGCUAAGCACUGCACCACCUUUCCAACAAAUUGUCCGUGGAUCCAUUUCCUGUCAAAAAAACAAAAAGAAAAAUGAGUAAAAAUUGUAAUGUUCAAGAUACCAGCUCACACAAAUUCAGGAUCAUUUCAUAAAAGUUUUCUGACUAAAUUCAAGACAUUUUCUGAUUUUUUCUCAAAUACAGGCAACAAAAAGCCAGAUUGAGUACGGAUGGUUCAGUAAGGUAAGAAUAAACCAGAUUGUCUUGAGGGUAAAAAUGAAAGACAUGAUGAUUGCAACUUUUU